AUCUCUCCCUCUCUCUCUCUCUCUCUGUCUGAGUUCACACUCACGCCGUCACGCGCUCGCGCUCGGCUCGUUCUCCUCUCUUUCCGGCUAAAUUGUAAACGUCCAACACACGGCACCACCCAGCAGCGACGACCGCACCAAACAGAUAAACGUUUUGCAGCGACCCCUUGUUUUGCUCUCCGUCAGUUUGCUGGCCAGCAAGCGGCCUUGGGAUUGGAUUGGAGCUCUCAUCAGCUCCUAUCUUAUCACCAGAGCCAGACAGACAGUCAUCGUCUCCGAUCCGAUCCAUCUCCGUCUUCGUCCUCCUCGCUCGACAACCCACCAAGGAGCAAGAGAAGAAGAUCGACGACGACGACGGCUGCCCUCUGCGUUCCUCAAGAAUAAUACUCCGUUGCGUCCCGUCCCUUCCGUGCUCCAAGAAAGAUCCGGCUGCGGGCCACACGAUGAGCAAUCUUAAGCUUGGCGUCGAGGUUACCAGCGCUCACGAUCUCCUCCCGAAAGAGCAGGGCACGGCGAACCCUUUCGUGGAGGUCGAGUUCGACGGCCAGAAGUCCCGCACGGCCAUCAGGGACAGGGACCUCAACCCUGUCUGGAACGAGCAGCUCUACUUCAACGUGUCUGACCCGUCCCGCCUCCCGGAGCUGCACCUCGAGGCCUACGUGUACCACGCGAACCGUGCCGACAACUCCAAGUCCUGCCUGGGCAAGGUUCGCAUAUCGGGCACGUCCUUCGUCAGCCAGCCUGAUGCCGAGGCCCUGCACUACCCCCUGGAGAAGCGCACGAUCUUGUCGCGCGCGCGCGGCGAGCUUGGGCUAAGAGUCUUCCUCACGGACGAUCCAUCAGUGAGCGUGUCUGCUGCUACCCCAGGAGGUCACCACCACCAGGAGUUCGACAUGCUAAGCACGCCUACCACUGCUGCACAGGAGCAGCAGGCAGCAGCAGCAGCCAGCUCCGUUCCAAACCCUUUCCAAGAGACCAGAGCAAACCCAGUGAGACAGGUGCAGCACUUGCCAAGGGAACAGCAGCGUCCUGCACAGCCAUACCCAUACCACGCCGCCGAUGGAGGUUCGUACUACGGAGACCAGCAGCAGAGAAGCUUCUCCGCGGUCGCGAACAAAGCCGCAGCCCCAGCGCCUCAGGUUCAGGUAUCAAGGAUGUACGCUCCAGGUCCACAGCAGCAGCCCAUAGACUUCCAGCUGAAGGAGACAAGCCCGACGCUGGGUGGUGGCCGUGUUAUCGGCGGCCGGGUGUACCCCGGCGAGAAGGCCGGGGCGUACGACCUUGUGGAGAAGAUGCAGUACCUCUUCGUGCGCGUGGUCAAGGCCCGCGACCUGCCCAACAUGGACAUCACCGGAAGCCUGGAUCCUUACGUGGAGGUGCGCCAUGGGAACUACAAGAUGAAAACCAAGUACUUCGAGAAGAACCAGAGGCCCGAGUGGGACGAGGUCUUCGCGUUCCCCAAGGAGGUCAUGCAGUCGGCGACGCUCGAGGUCGUCGUCAAGGACAAGGACGUCAUCCGGGACGACUACGUCGGCCGAGUGAGCGUUGACCUGAGCGAGGUCCCCCUGAGGGUGCCCCCGGACAGUCCGCUGGCACCGGAGUGGUACCGUCUCGUGGGCAAGGACGGCAUGAGGGACAGAGGGGAGCUGAUGCUCGCGGUCUGGUACGGCACCCAGGCAGACGAGUGCUUCCCGAGCGCCAUCCAUGCGGGGUCAACGCCGGUGGAGUCCCAUCUCCACAGCCACAUCCGCGGGAAGGUCUACCCUGCGCCGAGGAUGUGGUACGUCAGGGUCAACGUGCUAGAGGCGCACGACGUAUACCCGAUGGCGGAGAACCGCGUGCCUGAUGUUCUGGUCAAGGUGAGGCUGGGCCAUCAGCUGCUCAACACGAGGCAGGUUCGCUCGCCGACGAGAAACUUCAUGUGGAACGACGAGCUCAUGUUCGUCGCGGCAGAGCCUUUCGAGGACGACCUGGUCGUGUCGGUAGAGGACCGUGUGGCACAGAACAAAGACGAGGUGAUCGGUGAAGCUGUCAUACCACUCGCCAGGCUUCCGAGGCGGGCUGACCACAAGCCGGUGCCGCCGCAGUGGGUUGAUCUCAGGAGGCCAGGACUGAUCGACGAUGUGGACCAGCUGCUCAAGAAGAAGGAAGACAAGUUCUAUGCGAAGGUAAGCCUCCGUGUCUGCCUCGAAGGCGGCUACCAUGUGCUCGACGAGUCCACACAGUACUGCAGUGAUCUCCGUCCGACGAUGAAGCAGCUGUGGAAGCCACCCAUCGGCAUGCUUGAGGUUGGCAUUUUAAGCGCCAACGGCCUUAACCCAACGAAACCCAGAAACGACCGUGGGUCCUGUGAUGCGUACUGUGUUGCCAAGUAUGGUUCAAAAUGGGUCCGGACGCGCACGAUAGUUGACAGCCUGAGCCCUCGGUUCAAUGAGCAGUACACGUGGGAAGUCUUCGAUCACGGAACCGUGCUCACCAUUGGUCUGUUUGACAACUGUCACAUAAGUGGAGACAACGGCUCCUCUGCAGGCCACAUGGAUAAACCCAUCGGGAAAGUCAGGAUCCGGCUUUCGACGCUUGAGACGGGGCGUGUGUACACGCACUCGUAUCCGUUGCUCGUCCUCGGCCCGUCAGGAGUCAAGAAGAUGGGCGAGCUCCAUCUCGCCAUCAGGUUCACAGCCGCGUCCCUUAUCAAUGUGCUCUUCACAUACUCUAGGCCCCUCUUGCCCAAGAUGCAUUACGCGCAGCCGCUGUCGAUAGUUCAGCAGGAGAUGCUGCGCCACCAGGCUGUGCAGCUUGUCGCGCAGCGCCUGGGGCGCAUGGAGCCACCAGUUCGCAAGGAGGUCGUUGAGUUCAUGUCAGAUGCUCGCUCCCACCUGUGGAGCAUGCGGCGGAGCAAGGCUAACUUCUUCCGUCUCAUGCAAGUCUUCUCAGGGGUCAUCGCUGCGGGCAAGUGGUUUGGGGAUGUUUGCCAGUGGAAGAACCCUGUCACCACAGUGCUGGUCCAUGUGCUCUUUGUCAUGCUUGUGUUCUAUCCAGACCUUAUCCUGCCAACAGUCUUCCUCUACAUGUUCUUGAUAGGGCUGUGGAACUACCGGUUCCGGCCACGCUUCCCACCACACAUGAACACAAGGAUCUCUUACGCUGAUGUUGCAAACCCAGAUGAGCUUGAUGAGGAAUUCGACACAUUCCCAACCUCCAAGAGCCCAGAUCUCAUUCGGAUGAGGUACGACAGGUUACGGCAUGUUGCUGGGAGGAUACAGACAGUUGUUGGGGACAUUGCCACUCAGGGAGAGAGGCUACAGUCAUUGCUCAGCUGGAGGGACCCAAGGGCAACAGCUAUGUUCCUAAUAUUUUGCUUGAUUACUGCCAUUAUACUAUAUGUGACACCAUUCCAAGCGAUCGCACUCUGCCUUGGGUUCUUCUCGAUGAGGCAUCCUCGGUUUCGCCACAAGGUGCCAUCAGCACCAGCAAACUUCUUCAGGAGGCUACCUGCAAAGACGGAUUCUUUGCUGUAAAGUUCCUUGGAAGACAGCUGUUAACAAUGUCUAAUGUACCUCUUUGUUGUACCUGUUUCUGUCACUCAUAUAUCGUUGUAUAAUAGCCUUAUACUUUCGUUUCCUGCUUUCAGAAAUUAAGAAGACAUUGAAACUUCUGUAUGGCAUGAAAUGUAUGUAAGGUGCUUGCUUCAACAAUAAUUUCUUCAAUUAGUCAAGUUUGUCAUGGUGAAA